AUUUCUAUUUGUACACGUAUUGUUUUCCUCUUGUCUUGUCUUUCAGCACUGCAAAUGCGCAUUGAAUGGAAAAGCAAUAACAAAAUAGUAAAAACCCGAAAACAAAUCACCAACGGUGCAUGGGUCAACAUCAUAAUCUAAAAGCGCAUCUGUACAACAACAUUUUGAAACGGUGAAAAUGAGCGAAAUUGCACGCAAGCAACUAAACAACUAAGCCGUCGAGCAACUAAGCGGUUACGCAUUCCCGAGACUUGGUGCAAGCUAACAGACAGAUGCAAGCUAAACGUGAAACCCAUAAAUCAUAAUAAAGCGUUCGCUGACGAAUUGCCGCCGUUGAACAUUCCUUCUUUAAUUUUCGCGCUUUGUUUUGACGCACACGCGCUCGCUGCCAACGGCUCCGGCUCCGGUUUCAUCUACUCCAAAUGCCAUUGCUUUUGGCAAUGCCCGAACCAGAGCGUUCGCUGUCGCUAAUGACAGUGGCCGCCGCUGCCGCUGCCGCCGCCGCCACAAUGCCCGAAGCGGAGGUGACAACGUCGCCAAAUCUAAUCGUUCCAACGGUGGCUGCCGCAACCAGACCGCAUGCGUCCACUCAAUCCGAACCAAUCAAACGGCAAUCAAAUACAGUCAUUGCAUCUAAUGUACUGACAUCAACAUCAACAACAGCAGCAAUAGCAACAACCACAUUGCCAACAACGGCCGGCACAAUGCUGACGGCAAUGGCUACAUCGGCUCCAUCGAGUGCGGCGAUAAGAACAGCAGCCACUACAGGUGUUAAUAGCCAAAUUACAGCCGAGAGUGGUAGCGUUAGCUUGCCACAUCAUCACUCAACAGUUGGCGUUGUUAGCAGCAAUUAUGUAGUAAAUGAAAUUGCCACCGCCGGCAGCAGCAGCCCCAGCAAAGCCGGCCGAGCGCACGCAGCCGACGCAGACAACAUCAAUUGUGGUUUGUUUGGUGGCCGUUAUGACGGCGUGUCCGAUACUUCAUCAAAUCGACACCAUCGCCGACAUUUGAAUGGCAAUAGCCAGCAAGGCAACAAUUGCGACGACAACAACGACAACGACGACGACGGAGACAAGGUUAAUUGUUACGAUCCGGGCACCCGCUCACCUCUGUGCCACGGCAGCGAUAAGCAAACCUCUGACUCCGCAGCGUCGAUUGCCCCAACAUCUGCAACGGUGGCAACAGCUUGCUGGCGAGGCUGUUAUUCGCCCACUCGCCAACAAGAGAAUGAAUCAUCAAUUAGUGCUGAUGGAGUGACGACAGCGCCAUCGCCGCAUUAUCCGCAAAUUCACGUCAAACAGGAAUUCCUUCAAACGCAAUACAUGCGAGACGAAGACGAAGACGAGGCUGCGGACGGAGAGGAAAAGCGAACAAAUGAUAACGACCAGACGGUGCACACUACUCACAACGCUCACACUGCUCCGGUCAAACAAGAGGUGCCGUCAUCGGGCGAAUCAACGGGACUUUUUAUUCAUUGUCCCUGGCAUUUACCACCGUUCGCCUCCAGCUCAAUAGUGCGUACACUAACGCCAACAACAAGUUCAUGCACCGUAGCUGCAAUAAAUGCUAGCAGGAAUAUGGACAAUCCAAUUACACAUUAUAACGGUGUUUACGCUUUACCAGUACAACUGUUAGCCAAUGCUACAAAGACUUUAGACCACACACUCCCUCAGACCGAGCUACAACCCUUCCAGUUGGAGCAUUUGGAAUAUAUCAAAUCAAUUAAUUCGACUUUGUUUGCGCAAAUCGAGGAAAAUAGCUCCUUGAGUGCUCAACUGACAAUUGACAAGUUACCGAGUUUAUUUGACAGUUUAUAUAAACAAACGAAUGGAAAUUAUAUAAGAAAAGAAUUGCUUAAUAAGGCGUAUCAGAAUAAGACUACAGAGGCAAGUGGAAUCAUUGCAAAAGCCGGGGAGCCUCUAGCAUCUCAACAGGUGUUCGAAGCGUUCCGUUCCAAUAGUGCAACGACACUGACUAUACCAAACGUGCGUCUAAGAUCCAGCGAAAGUCGAAAUGACUCCCAAGUCCCCAUGAGCUGGUCAGAUCCUGAACGUGCGAACAAAGUCAAUGGCAAUGUUUCUUUAACUGCCCUAACCAAUAUACAGAUCCAAACGACGCCAUCAACUUCGACACAGCAAAUGUCAGAGCUAUUUCUGCAACCAUCAUUACUACCUCAACGCAUGCUUCAGUUCUCACAGACCCCGGCCGUUGCGUCUAACAUAAGGGUACCCAACUUGGGGCAAUCAUAUCAUGAUAAUUAUCAUAAUCAAUAUAGAGACCGAAUGUCUAACAAUACUGACACCUUGGUCUCGACCUCCGAAUCUCUACAAUCUUAUAAAUCCAUAUCAGAGCAACAAUCUCCACUACACAAAGUUGAGUUACAAAGCAAGAGUACAAUAACAGGUCCUUUAUCGUACAGAAAUAGCCCAACCAACGACAACUCAACAGCAACAAAUGUGUCAACGGGAACGUUCACAACAGCUUCGACGGAGAUGAAAGCACAACCAGCAACAAUAGCAACAAUGGCAACACUAAUUAAUACGCUUCAACCUUCAUAUAUUUCCCUACCUCACACAUCAUCAACUCCAACUCCAAUGUUCGCGCAUCGGAAUCCACCCUCACCACCACCCCAGGCCCCUAAAUACGACAGAGAUUGGAAAGUAGAAGAAACGUCAUCUCACGAGACGUCUACAUUGGCGCUGCCGUCAUACGUUAGAAAGUCAUUAACCCAGAAUGCCAACAACAUUCAUGGUGCCGCGUCUAACGACCAAACGGCGAGACUUUCUCAACUAACGAACAUCCACAAACACAUACACACCCACAGCCAGGACCACGGCCAUGCUCACAAUAAAAUCAAAAGCAAGCAGAAACAAAGGCAAAAGCAAAAACAAAAAUCGAAACAAAAGCAAACGGACUAUCAACGGGAGCACGUUACUUACACAUCCUUAGGAUACACCAGCAAUGGAGAGCAAUUGUUCGUGCGGCAUUUCCACGAGAGAGAUCGUCUCAUACGAGAGCAUCAAUUAAAACAUCGCAUAUGCAACACCUUCAGUGCUAACGGCGACGAUUUUGAUGGCGAUGGUGAUGGACGCGGUCGGCCAGCAACAACACAACACAAAGCGACGACGACAGCGUGUCUGGGGUCAGCCGGAACCCGUGGAAGCCUUGAAAGUGUCGCUGUGGCCACAACAAAGACCAAAUCGACUGUUGCUGGUGAAGCUGCGAAUGGCAUUGCCUUUGUUAAUAACGCUCACACUAAUUCUAAUUGGUAUGGUGUCUGCCGUAGUGUUGAUGACAUUGCGCCGCAAGUGGACCAAGACCGAACCAAGCGAGCGGCAGCGACAGUGGGUGCACUGGUUGGCGUUCGCAGCGACGACACCGAUGCUUUGAGGGAUGAUUCGCGGCGAUUCGAGGAAAUGACGACACGAGACAAUGCAGACAUCGCAACGGCCACAGACACGUCCCCCAAAGUCAGGGAGCAGUGCGCGCCCAACCCGAAGGUGACGAAACAAAGUAGUGCGAAUAUUCAAAUGGCAGAUGCAUUCAAUGGACACAUGCGUUACUCGCCAUCACCACUGCUCUCAGCAUCUGGCGACAACGACAGACAUGAAGACGCAGAGUGUGAUGAACAAUUCAAGAGAUGUGUGUUGCCAGCGAAGAAUUUGAGUAAGAAGCGUCGUCAUGAAGAGGCCGCAGAGUCCGACGAGAUACUUGACCUUGCACCGCAAUCACCAAAGAGGCUGGCACGUUCACCACUCGGUACUGUAACACCGGACAUGACUGCGAGAAAUUCAGAAAACCACUGUCCGCAACUUUCCGAGAGCGCAUCCAAUCUCUUUGCUGCACUUCAAAGUCCACUGGCACCGCUGCUGUUGCAGAAUCACCUUGGCAUGGCAGCACCAAACUUUGCCGCCAAUGAAAUGCAGCAGGCUUUCCAACUCCAGCUGCAAAGCUAUGUGGAUAUGAUGCGUCAAAUGGCGCCGGAUAACUUUCAAAACCCGACAGCUACACAUUUCCUGCUGCAAAACUCCCUCCAAGCCAUGGCACAAUUUCAAGCUUUGCAACAAUUGAAACAACAACAACAGUUACAACAGGAACUGCAACAGCAUUUCGAAAACGAAGAGCACGCACCCACGAGGAGAUUCGAUUCGCAAGGCACACCAGCGCGAGGCGUGAAACACUUCUCCACGCCGUUGGUCUCGUCACCGUUACGUAGCCCCUCACUAAGUCCAGUUAGUCGACGUCACUCGAAAUCCUACAAGUUCACGCACGACGAUGAAGACGAAGAAAGUGGCAACGCAAACUCUUCGCAGCAGACCACACCACCAAAUUCCGCCAUAGGUCUUCAAAUGGGUAGCGCCAUCUUAACACCAAAUACGCCCGGCAUGUCUUCCAUAUUUCCCAGUACGUUACCCGGCAGCACAAUGAGCUUCAGCAGUACGCCACAAAACAACAAAGCGGUCGGCGCAAACGCAAUGUCAGCGGCCGCACGUUCUCUUGAUCAAUCACCGGAAGAGACAACCGAUCUCGAAGAACUCGAACAAUUCGCCAAAACCUUCAAGCAGCGUCGCAUUAAACUCGGCUUCACGCAGGGCGAUGUCGGCUUGGCAAUGGGCAAAUUAUACGGCAAUGACUUCUCGCAAACCACCAUCUCACGGUUUGAGGCGCUCAACCUCAGCUUCAAAAACAUGUGCAAACUGAAGCCUUUGCUGCAAAAAUGGCUGGCAGACGCAGACAAUACAAUCUCGAAAACUGGCGGUGUCUUCUCAUUGAGCUCCAUGACCACCACGCUCUCCACGCCGGAAAACAUAAUUGGACGCCGACGUAAGAAGCGCACCUCCAUUGAGACCAACGUCCGCAGCACACUCGAGAAGGCUUUCAUGGUGAAUUGCAAGCCCACCUCGGAGGACAUCAAUAACUUGGCAGAGCAGCUGAAUAUGGACAAAGAGGUAGUGCGCGUUUGGUUCUGCAAUCGUCGGCAAAAGGAGAAGCGCAUCAAUCCCGCGAUGGACCUGGACAGCCCGACGGGCACACCACUCAGCAGCCACAUCUUCGGAUUCCCCGCACAAGCGCUCAGCAUGUCGAACAGCCAUGAAGCCUCCUCCAUAUGUGGCAGCUCGAUCAGCUCCCUAUCGCCGCAUUGUACGAGCAAACAAGAAUGAUCCCGUGGUCACAGUGAUGUGACCCGAAAGAAGUCCUAUCUGGAAACACACAAGCCACGGCCGUCAUAUCUGCAGAGCGUCGCGCCGCCGCCACAUGCGGACCGCACCCUAAUGUUCUACGAGAACCGACAGGAACUGCAAAGGAUUUGGCACGUUUGCGAGAAGCCGACUUGUGAAAUGUCCCCGUUCGAUACAUAUUCGCACUACACGGAGCUGAUCUAAAUAUAUUCACUGGAUCGAGCAUUAUGUAUCCUAAACUAAACAAAUGUGUAUAUAUACAAAUAGUAUUUAAGUAAUGUAGCGCUAAUGCAUAUGCAUUACUUUUAGGAAAGUCUAUCUCUUGACCAUAUCAACUUGACCGGCCACAGACAGAGCCAUAAUUUAAUUAUAAUUAUUUAAGCAAUUACAAGUUCCAAAUGUGUAUUUUAAAUGUUUGUACAAUCUAACGCAUUACUCAAGUAUUGUACAGUUAUGUAAUGAGUACAUUUGUAUGUGCUCUUCGGCUAAAAACAAUGACACUUGUUGUUGUCGGUGUAUAUUUGUUUUUGGCAUUAACAAUUAACCGUAUAUGUACAUAUAUCAUAUAUACACACAUACAUAUGCAUGAGUGUGUGUGUGUAUGUAUGUAUGUAUGUAAAUGCAUUGAAUAUGUGUGUAAGUCGCAUUUAAUAUAAUUACUCAGUCAAGGUUCCUAUAUAUUUAUGUACAAAUCCAGUUCACGCGAUUAUUUAUGCGCAACACAUGUUCGAUUCAUGAAUUCAUGUAUUCAACAUUUUUGUUUCUCACACUCGAGCAAUCCGAAGUGAAGCACACAAAGUCCACAAUGCCGAUCAGCCAUUAGAAGCCAAGCCUCACAUUCAGAGAAUAUUGCAAAUAUUUUAAAAUAUUUUUUUUUUCGAAAUUUCAAAAACCAUUACAGAUGAUUGAGUAUUGCUUUUCGAAAUUGCAGAAAAAUUUUUGAUUUCGAAAAUCAGCAUUCAAUGUCUCCCAUUCAUUGAUUUCUAUAUUUCCUAUUCUUUCUAUGUAUUUGUGUAUAUACAAACAUAAAAUGUAUAUUUGUAGUAUGAAUUAAGGUUUUUCUAUUAAAAUAACAUUUUCAUUAAAAGAAUCCAAAAAAAAAAUAUUUCAAAAAUUUUGCAUAAUUUCUUUGUGAGCUUUCUCAAACUUGCGUAUUUUGUGUUCUUCAAUGUAAAUCCACUUAAGUGUUACUCGAGUAUUUAUUUAUAUAAAUUGUAUAGGACAUUUUAAACUUAUUAUGUAAACCCUUACUUGUAACUGCGUACAUAUGAACUUGGAUUAUACUAAAUUAUAUAAUAAUUAAUGUAGAUUUCUAGAAAAUGAAUGGAAUGAGUUCGUUUAGAACGCCGAGAUAUCAAUACAAAAAAUA